AUGCCGCCCAAGAAAGCCGCCGCCGCUACGCCGCUGGCCGAGGCCGACGCGAAUCGCGUCACGGCGCCAAACAGUGCUGCUGAUGCCGCAAAGCCAGCUCCCAAGUCCCGCAAGCGCAAGUCCGACGCCGUCGAGGCCUCCGACGACGCGCCCGCGCCCAAGAAGGCCACCACCACCAAGAAGAAGAAGGACGACGACCCCCUCCCCGACCUCUCCGGCAUCGCCCUCCCCGGCGACGACGACAUGUCCGUCCCCAUCUAUGACAGCUGCCAGACCGUCCGCACCAAGAUCAACGCACACCUGCGCAAGCCAGGCGUCACCAAGGCGGCCUUCCUGCGCGCCUGCGUGAAAGCCGCGUACGGCGCCGACUCGGAGCACAAGAUCGCGGGCAACCUGCUGACCAACUUCCUGGCCAAGAAGGGCCCCACCGCGGGCAACACGAGCAGCGUCUUCUAG